UGCAGCUGGGAGGGAGAGCCAGUUGUCUGUCUGUGAGGUCACAGCUGAAGUCACAAAGUGUUGAAAAGGGCAAGGUUGAUAUGGAAACAGGAGGCUGUUGUGAGAUGGGGCUCAAAGAGGAAAAAGUCUAGGGGGGAAGGAGUGGGGCAAAGUGUAAUUUGGGGAACCAAGCAGGGGCCUGGAGCUAUCUCCAUCUUCAGCUCCAGAGUCCUUGGUUUCUGUCUGAGAACAAAUGGCACAGCAUUCCUGCCAGGAUCAAGAACCAAAGGCAGAAAUGACCUCCAAGCAGCAGAGAAGCACAUCCACAGAAGGGACAAUGAGAUCACAGGAAAGACAGGUAACCAUCACUGAAACCCUGUGGGACCAGGUGCUGACAGUUUUUAAGGAUAUACAAAAGGAGCUGCAGGAAGAUGCUCAGAUUCGAGGGAUGAGCAACUGCUCCGUGACACCCAUGACAUCAGCACCCAGGACUGGAAGCGUAAGGCCUCCAGAUUCCUCCAUGACCCCAAAGUUGAGAAGACUGCAGUUCAACUCUGGAGAGAAGCCAUCAGGAGGCUGUGUCCACAACCUGAAGACACAGCAUUUCAGUCAAUCACCUGACUACCCUGGACCCUAACUCUAUAACCAAGGAAGAAGGACAUCUCUGCUUCAGCCAGCACAGCUUCAGUUGCCUGAAAAGGGGAAGAUAUUAGCAGAUAUCAUCACUGAACCCAAAAGAGAGGGUGGUGCCCAUGAGUGGAGAUGCCAGGGCCUAUGGCUGAAACUGGGAACUUGGAAAUCAAGUGAGACCCAAGCACAUUCCAACUGCCAAAGCAAGGAAACCAGCAAACAAGCAGCUGAUAAAAUAAAUGUGAC